AUGUUUCUUCCUUGCUCAAAAUACAACUCUGGCUCCCUGUCCCACCCAGAAUCGAGGCCCAAGUCCUUGCAGUGGCCUUUCAGGACCCGUGCUCUGACUGCCCCCUCCCUCCUCUGCUUGCUCUGCUCCGGCCACACUGGUGCUUGCUCUUCCUUGAAACUGCUGUGCACAUUCCUCCAUAAGGCCUUCACCAGGGCUGACCUUCAUCCAGACCCCCACCCCCCUCCUCAGUUAAGAUCCCUGUCCCCCGGGCUCUCCUCUGGCACUUCUGAGUAUCCCUCCCCCCAGUCAUUAUCUGAGUAA